AUGCUUGUGAAGAACAUCCUCGCUGUUUUCGCCAUUGCCGGCAUGGCCGCCGCUUAUCCGGCUGAGGAAGUUGAAACUGAUCUUGAAGAGAGGGGCUACUGCGAGAAAGACAGCAAUUCUUGGUGCUGCAAGAACAUUGUCCCCUUUAGCAUCCUCUUCUUCGAUGGAGUUGGAUCUGACUGCAAGCACCCUGGUAAUGAUGGAUGCAAGUAUGGUAGUAGUCCCCUUUGCUGCCACAAGGGCCAGAUUGUUAGCAACGGAAAGGACGGCAGCCAGGUCGUCUGCCUCAAAAAGUAG